AUGUUGACAAGGUGGCUGACGCUGGCGUUGGUGGCGGCGACUUGGCGAGCUGCCGACUCCUGCACCUGCGCACCAGAACAUCCGCAAGCGCACUAUUGUCGUAGCGACUUCGUGAUCGUCGGCCGUGUGCAGAAAUUGUUUAGGGGAAACGACUCUUACGACGCGUACAAAGUGAAGAUUCGAAACAUUUACAAAACAACGCCGAAGGCUGCAGUAGCAUUGAGGUCUGGACGGAUACUAACGCCACCACAGGAAUCUCUAUGUGGCGUAAGUCUUCAGCCGAGAGAGACUUAUGUGAUAACAGGGCACGUUUUACACUUACAAGCACAUAUAGACCUCUGCGGUUACAUCAACAAAUGGCGGGAUGUCACGCCGAGGCAACGAAAAGGCUUUAGAUUGCUCUACAAGCAGGGUUGCACUUGCAAGGUGCACGUGACGAGGCGCCGGACAAAGUCGCCGAACACGUGCGUGACGAACUAUGAAGACUGCUUUGAGCGGCACGGAGUCUGUCUCCACGACCGUGAACGACGCUGCCGGUGGACCAGGGCCCCAGCACUCACGAGAUGUCUGCAGAAGUCGCACUUCAACAGCACUAUGACU